CGAGCCGAGGCGCGGCCUCUAUGGGGCCUGCGAUGCCGGGAGCGAGAGCCGAGGCAGAGGCUCCAGCGUCCUCAGGCGGAGGGGCGGGCAGCCCGGGGCCCGAGGAGCCGGCCCGGGCUGGGAGCCAAGCCCGCGUGCGGGACCUGCUGCUGCAGCUGCAAGACCUUCAGGCUGAGCGCUCUGAGGCCUUUGGACUCCUGGAGCAGGGUCACCAGGCCUACCUGAGCAGCGGUCCCCACUACGACUUCCCUCGCUACCGGCAGCUGGUCCACGAGGUGACCAAGGCCUUCGCCAGCAUCUCCCGGGAAGUGCUGGCCAUCCAGAAGCAGCUCCAGGACACCCACGGGCGGCCUGACCUGGCCCAGCACCUGGCCUGUCUGCAGGACCAGGAGCACCAGCGCCUGGAGCUGACAGCCGCUCUCCAGCUGGCCCGGCAGAAGGCCCAAGAGGAGCCCGAGGCUGCAGCCCCCAGAGAGGAGGUCCACGAACUGCGCCAGAGGAUAAUUAAAACCAUGGAGGUAAUCAGUGAGAUUGUCCAGGACCUGAAGUAUGAUUCGGAAGAGGCUGAGUGAUGUUUGGCCCCGAGGGAGAUGGGAAACGCCAGAAGGAGAGGCGCCCCUCAGCCUCCUCUGGGGUCACCGGGCUGGGGGAUGGGAGGGCCUGCUCACCCCCUCUGGUCGGCAUCCUGCCCCUGGGAGUGCCCCCGGCCCGAGCCCUGCGGUGGGAGGAGGCCAUCUCUUUGUGGCCCUUGGGGCAACAUCCCCACCGGGCCCCUACCAGUGCCAUCUGUUUGCCACAAUAAAGCCUUCUCCUUUCUC